UCGGAGUUUGGCCGGCCGACCUGUCGACCCUUAAAAAAAAUUGUUAAUUACAAAAAACCUAAUUUGUCACAAACUUUAAAAACAGACUUACAAUUAAUCACAAACGAUUUACAAACGAAAUAUAUUCAGAAAAAGUGAAAAUAAUCAUAUUUUAUAAUUUUUGUCGGCUAGCUUUAUGUAGGUGCAAUUGGAGUUAUGUUUGACGGUUGUGGAUUGACCAAUCAGAAUGAAGUAGCUUACGUCUGGUUGGUCGAUCAACAAUCAUAACUCUAAUCACAUAAAAAAAAAAAAAAAAAUAAAUUACAAAUACGUGAUGUGGGAUGAUAUGCGAUGGCCUGUUUCACGCAAACUGGAUUCUUUUUCGUUCCUUUUCACUGGAUUAUGUAACGAUAUGAAUGUAUGUAACAGCUGAUUUAAUAAAAAUGAGCGGUGACCGAUGAUCGAAACGAAAAAAUUCAAAUCCAGAAGGUCGGAGACAUCCGAUUAUAUAAAUACGUACUACGGUUCGGGAUUGACUCUUAUCGUCCUGUAGAAGGGAUCUAAAGAAAUGGCUGAGGAGGAGAAGGCCGUUCCUUCAUCCAUGACUCAGUGCUACGAAAAUUACAUUAUAGUCGACGUGGGUGCCAAUUUAACGAAUAAGAAAUACAGUCGUGACCUAGACAGUGUGGUGCAAAGGGCGAAGGAUGCUGGUGUGCAGAAGAUCAUGGUGAUAGGUGCCAGCUUACGUUCCAGCAAGGAAGCUCUGAGGCUAACCAGAAUAUAUCCUGGCACGCUCUAUUCAACAGCGGGCAUCCAUCCACACGACGCCAAAUCCUGGGAGGACACGGAUACUUUGCACGAAUUGGAAAGCAUAGCGAAUAACAUAGAAUGUGUUGCGAUUGGGGAAUGCGGCUUGAACUACAGUCGCGACUUCUCAGCCCCGGAGAUUCAACGUGCUGUGUUUCACAAACAAAUCGAAUUAGCCUGCACUUUAAACAAACCUCUGGUGAUACACGAGAGAGGUGCACAGAAGGAUGUGCUAGAGGUCCUGGGUCAAUAUAAGAACCGUCUACCUUCAGUUCUAAUUCAUUCCUUCAUUGGCACCGCAGAGGAGGCUCAGACCUAUCUGGAUCACGGCUUCUACUUGGGUAUCACGGGUUACUUGUGCAAGGACAAAUCUGACAGCGGAAUCAGACAGCUGCUGGAAGCUGGACAGGCGCCCUUAGACAAGAUCCUGAUAGAGACCGACGCCCCGUUCAUGUAUCCCAACACCAGGGCUAGCAAGUUACCCGCGCAUGUAAAGGAUGCUUUAACAGAACGGUCCACGAUGUUCCUCCAGCGUUAUUGCACUUUCCAGCGUAACGAACCGUGUGCCUUGCCUGCGAUCGUAGAGAUGGUGGCGGCGUUUAUGCAAACCACUCCGGAGCAGGUUGCGCUGGCUACCGCUUUUAACGCGUUAAAAUUAUUCGGUUUGAAUCAAUGAUAAUAUAUUCGAAUCUAACGAAAUUGUGUGUAAAAUGGUACUAAGUUGGUGCUAUGGAGUUUUAUUACGAUUUUUAAAUGUAUAAAGCUUCAAAUUUCGAGUCUUCAUCCAUUUCUUCACACUUUUCUUUCUUAAUCAAAGAAAUGAUAUAGUUACAUCCCAGAUAACAAACGUACGUCAUUAAAUGUCAAACUGACAUUAUUAAAUGUUAAAAUGACGUCAUUUUGAUGUUUAAUGGCGUCAGUUUGCCAUUUAAUAACAUCAGUUUGACGUUUAAUGACGUCAUUUGACGCUUAAUGAUGUCAUUUGACAUUUA